AUGGAUUUCGUCCUUGAGACAGCUUCCAAGUUUGAUGUCCCGGUUCCGGAACUACUCCGUCUCGGCGGCGCUCACCCAUCUCUCGAGGGUAGGCGGGGCUGGGCUCUCAGUGAUGACGAUAUGCAGCGGCUCGUCACUGUGCGUGCUUUCUUUGCAGAACUCAUCAUCGCACAUACGCCCAACCUUGUCACACUCGACUAUAGUAUAGGCCGCUACCGAAAUGCCUUCCAAGUAUUAACGACAAUUCAAAACUCAUCCUCUUUCCACCGCCAGCCCAUGUUCCCUCUGUUGAGAAAGGUUCACCUGCGGCUAUUCGGGCCCGGCAACUUUACUCGGCUACUAAGUGAGAUGGCUCCUAAUCUUCAAACGCUCAGUAUUCAGGGCGUAACGGCACCGAUGGAGGGCUGGCGAUUUGAGAGGGUCAAGGAUCUCCGACUUACCUCAUCAAACUUUACUGGCUCAGAGCUCAAGAAUAUCUUGACAGGAUGUCCCUCUUUGACGAACUUUGAGUACGACUACUAUUCCCUCAGAGACGAGAGGUGUGCUCCGCAAGAUGUGGUCGAUGCUUUGGAAAGCUUUAGAUCGCAAUUGGAAGGACUUUCCUUGAAGUUCUCCUCCAACACAUGGACAGGCCGGAGAAGAGGGUCAACGCCCAUGGAUCAAGAUCAACCAAAUUCGGGACUCAUCGCCUCUUUAAAGCAUUUUACGGCCUUGACCAGUUUACAGCUUGACAGUGUGUGCUUGUGGAAAGACACAAACAAUGAGUCAACAGACGGGAAUCAAGAAGAACAAGGGACGGAAGGAAUAUUCAUAAAUCUUCUACCAAGCUCUGUAAGGGAUUUGCGGGUCACAUAUAAGAGCUCGAGGCCUUUUCAAGAUGCCCUGCCCGCCCUUGCGUGCCAUCUCACGGAUUGUUGCCCCGAUUUACGGCUAAUUCACAACAAACUGCUUUUUGAUGGGCCAUUGUCCCAAGUUCUCUUGGACCAGCUGCGGCAGGCCAGGGAACAGUUUGUUUCACUUGGUGUCACUUUUGAAUUCGAUGUUUCCAGGCUGAGUGGGUGUGUUUAUGUCAACUUGGAUGACGGAGGUCUGCCGGCUUCCGUCGAAGCGAUGACUGAGGAGGAAUGGGUUCUUUCCGCAUUAGGCUGA